AGGCGGCGCGCGGCCCACACUGCAUCCUGGACCUCCGGCAGAGCCCGCGGCUCGGGCGGGGCGGGCUGCCGGCGCCCUGCUCUCCGAUCCUGAUUGAGUCAGUGCUUUACAUGACUACUCAAUGUUCUCUAGAAAGCUGAGAUAUGCCCACUGUUGAGAGUGAAGCCAAAGUGAAAACCAGAGUCCGCUUUGAAGAAUUACUUAAGGCCCACAGUGAUCUAACAUGUGAAAGAAAAAAACUGAAGAAAAAGAUUGCCAAGUCUGGAGAAAACCUAUCACCUGACCCCUUCAGAAGCAAUCUGCAGAAUGUUAAAGAAACUCAAAGUGACGAUGGAAGUGUUCCUAACACUAAUAAUCCAGAGAAGAGCCUGCGAGUCACUAAAAACAAACUCAGAAAUACACAGUCACUAACUGAAAAUCCAAAUGAUGCUGUUAAUGUGGAGGAAGACAAGCAGGGGGAGACAAAUAAAAAGGUUAUGAAAGCAGUGCUCCAGGUGGCUGCACAAGGAAUGGAGCUGGAAACUCCCGAGAGGAAGGUGGGUUCUGCACAUCAGAAAACACGCACGAAGUUCCAGCCAGGGCUUGCUCAUCAGAAAAGUGAAAAGGCAAAUGAAGGGAGAGAAAAUAAUGACUCAGAUGAGGAAGGAGAACUGAUGCAAAUAUACCAGCUCCAAGUAGCAGAAGAAAUGGCAAAGGAGAUUAAGAAGAAAAUAAGAAAGAAACUGAAAGAACAGUUGACUUUCUUUCCCUCAGAUUCUUCAUUGCAUGAUGAUAAAUUGAGCGGUGAAAAAAGAAAAAAGAAAAAAAAGAAAGUUCCAGUCCCGUCUAAAGCUGAAACAAGUACAUUGACAGUUUCUGAACUUGAGCAUGACACAGUUGAAGGUGAACAAAAGGAGUCCCCAGUUGGAGCAUUGGUUUCAGAUUCUCAUCAAGAUGAUGAAGUAAGGUCAAUGGAGCAAAAUGUAGAAGACAACAGGGAAGAAAAGAAAAAAUCCAAACCCCAAAAAAUGAAAAAGAAGGCUAAAGCAGUUUCAGAUGAUAAUAGAGACACUGAUGGUGAUGGUGUUCAUGAAGUAACAAGUCAAGAUAGUCCACUUUAUCCCAAAUGUUUGCUUGAUGAUGACCUUGUCCUGGGAGUUUUCAUUCAUCGAACUGAUCGACUAAAGUCAGAUUUUAUGAUAUCUCACCCGAUGGUAAAAAUUCAUGUGAUUGAUGAGAUUACCGGUCAAUAUGUCAAGAAAGCUAAUUGCCAGCAGCCUGUUUCAUCUUGCUAUGAAAAAGAGAAUGUGGAUUAUAUUCUUCCAAUUAUGACCCAGCCAUAUGAUUUUAAACAGUUAAAAUCAAGACUUCCAGAGUGGGAAGAACAAAUUAUAUUUAAUGAAAAAUUUCCCUAUUUGAUCCAAGAUUUUGAUGAGAGCCCUAAAGUCAUCUUGUUCUUUGAGAUUCUUGAUUUCUUAAGCAUGGAUGAAAUUAGGAAUAACUCUGAGGUUCAAAACCAAGAAUGCUGCUUUCGAAAAAUUGCCUGGGCAUUUCUCAAGCUUCUAGGAGCCAAUGGAAAUGUAAACAUCAAUUCAAAACUUCGCUUGCAGCUGUAUUGCCCACCUACCAAGCCUCGAUCCCAGUUAAAUGUUGUUGAGGUUUUUGAGUGGUGGUCAAAAUGUCCAAGAAAUCGUUAUCCAUCAACAUUGUAUGUAACUGUAAGAGGAUUGAAAGUCCCAGAAUGUGUAAAGCCGUCUUACCGUUCUGUGGUGGCUGUGCAGGAGGAGAAAGGGCAGCCAGUGUAUUAUGAACAUCACCGUGAGGCAAGUUCAGUGGACUCGGAACCUGGACUAGAAGAUUCCAAGGAAGUAGUCAAGUGGAAACGACUGCCUGGGCAGGCUUGCCGUAUUCCAAACAAGCACCUCUUUUCACUAAAUGCAGGAGAACGAGGAUGUUUUUGCCUUACUUUCUCCCACAAUGGAAGGAUAUUAGCAGCAGCCUGUGCCUGCCGGGAUGGAUAUCCAGUUAUUUUAUAUGAAAUCCCCUCUGGACGUUUCAUGAGAGAAUUGUGUGGCCACCUCAAUAUCAUUUAUGAUCUUUGCUGGUCAAAAGAUGAUCGCUAUAUACUUACUGCAUCGUCUGAUGGCACUGCCAGGAUUUGGAAAAAUGAAAUAAAUAACACAAAUACUUUCACAGUUUUACCCCAUCCUUCCUUUGUGUACACGGCUAAAUUCCAUCCAGCUGUGAGAGAGCUGGUGGUUACAGGAUGCUAUGAUUCCAUGAUACGAGUGUGGAAGGUCGAUGGGAGAGAGGAGCCUGCCACGCUGAUGCGGCAGUUUGAUACUCACAAGAGUUUUAUCAACUCUGUCUGUUUCGAUAAGGAAGGUCAUCACAUGUAUUCAGGAGACUGCACGGGGGUGAUUGUUGUUUGGAACACCUAUGUCAAAGUUAAUGAUGUGCAAUACUCAGUGCGCCACUGGAGUGUAAAUAAGGAAAUUAAGGAGAGUGAGUUUAAGGGGAUUCCAAUAACUUAUUUGGAGGUUCAUCCCAAUGGAAAACGAUUGUUAAUUCAUACCAAAGACAGUACUUUAAGAAUCAUGGAUCUCCGAAUAUUAGCAGCAAGGAAAUUUGUAGGUGCUGCAAAUUAUCGGGAGAAGAUUCACAGUACUCUGACACCAUGUGGGACUUUUCUCUUUGCUGGAAGUGAGGAUGGUAUAGUAUAUGUUUGGAACCCAGAAACAGGAGAACAAGUAGCAGUGUAUUCUGAUCUGCCAUUCAAAUCACCCAUUCGAGACAUUUCUUAUCAUCCACUUGAAAACAUGGUUGCAUUUUGUGCAUUUGGGCAGAAUGAGCCAAUUCUUUUAUACAUCUUUGAUUUCCAUGUUGCCCAGCAGGAGGCUGAAAUGUCCAAACGCUACAAUGGAAUGUUCCCCUUACCUGGAAUACACCAAAGUCAAGAUGCUUUAUGCACCUGCCCUAAGCUGCCCCAACAAGGCUCUUUCCAGAUUGAUGAAUUUGUCCACACUGCAAAUACCUCAAUGAAGAUGCAGCAAGUGAAACAGAGACUUGAUACUGUCACGGACGUGAUUCGAGCCUGUGCUGCAAAAGUCAACAAAAAUCACUCACUGACUUCAACACUGGCCUCCUCACAGCAGUCUAAGUUAAAACAGACAGACAUGCUGGCGGCUCCUGGGAUUCUCCAUCAGUUUGGUUUCAGUCAGACCGGUUUUAUCAGCAUGAAAGGAAAGCCUUGUGUCCAUCAUGCAGACACAGCACCAAUGGUGGUGGCUCUUUAUGACUACCCAGCGAAUCGAUCAGAUGAACUAACCAUCCAUCGCGGAGACAUUAUCCGAGUGUUUUUCAAAGAUAAUGAAGACUGGUGGUAUGGCAGCGUAGGAAAGGGACAGGAAGGUUAUUUUCCAGCUAAUCAUGUGGCUAGUGAAACACUAUAUCAGCAACUGCCUCCAGAGAUAAAGGAGCGAUCCCCUCCUUUAAGCCCCAAGGAAAAAACCAAAACAGAGAAAACUUUUUUGGCUUCUAAAAAGAAUAAGAAGUAAAAUUAUACCUUUUAACAGCUUGGCAGCUGCUGAAUCUCAUAAGUUCUUCCAGGUGGAACAGGAACACCUGCUGUGUUGCUGACCGUGCCAGGCGCCUUCCAGAGUUUCCUCUCACUCCACAGCGUUGGUGGGCGAUGGCAGGAGGGGGGCCGGGGUCGGUCCUCCUGGUGCCCCGGUGGUCCAGAGUCCCCGGACAAAUCCCUGAGGACCUUCAGACCUUCACCACCGGGGAGUGGAGGAGAGUGUUCCUCCAGGCUCAUUCCAGAACAUUCUUGCCAAGGUGUGCUGUGAUUUGCAUCUGAUAGAAGAGAGAGUAGCAGUGCUCUCAGGGAGGGAAAAAACUCGGAAGUGGAAAACAAAAUCACAACCUUGAAUUUAGUUUCUGUUUGUAUCUUAAACUUCUUUUUUUUAAUUCUUUUUCAUUUUGCUGGCCUAAGCAUUAACCUAUAUCCUUCAUUUAUUUGUGAAAGGAAGUUAUUGUUAUUAAAAUUUUGUAUUUUUGUUCAUUUAAGUUGUUAUACUAUAAAAGGUAAAAUAUACUCAUAGUUUAAAAAAAUUCAACCUAUAAAGAGUAGUGUAAAAUAAAAAAUAAAACUAAUGCCUGCCAGUUCUCAUGUUCAGUAGCAGUUUCUUGCAUAUCCUUCUAAAAAUGUUCCCUGCUUAUAGAAGCAUAUAUGUCCCUAUAUAUGUCUAUUAUUUCUUUUUUUGAAACCAUGAUUAUACUUAAUACUGUGUGUUUUUAUUUCAUCAGUGUAUCUUGGACAUCUUUGCUUAUUAGCACAGACAUUUCUGUUUUGUUUUGUUUUUUCAACAGUUUCCUAGUAUUAAAAUGCCCAGUUUUCUUUUCUUUAUUUCUAAAAAACAAAACCCAGAGGAGAAAAGUAUCUUCUAUAAAUACUUCAACAUUAACACAACCAAGCGUGUUUGAGUGUAAAUGCCAGAUGUAUAGUAAUUACUUCUGCGAUUGUGGAGAAAUUGCUGCUCACAUCCUAUGAUAUUUUUGCAUGUGUCCUUCUCCACAACCAAGGUGAAUACUAAAAAUUCUUACCAAGUGAACACUAGAUUUUGGUUUUCCUAUUGCAAGAUAAUUAUGUAAAAUUUCCAUUACAGCUGGUCCCAUCAUGAGAGGAGAAGAGUUUUUUAAUUGUUUUCAGAUUCUUUACUGAAAGUAGAGAGUUGGUAAGAACAGGCUGAGUUAAUUCAGAAGGAUUGACUCCAAAACUGGAGUGCACACUCCAGUUGUAUUCAGGAACAGCUGUUUUCUUCUUAAGUCCAAAACAAGAACAGAGAACCCAAAAGCCUCCGAUAACUUCAUUCUAGUUCCUGUUCCAGCCCAACACUCACACACAGAAUUUCACAUUGGCCGCCCUGCCUGCCCCUAAGAAAAACAGUCAGCCUUGGUCUGCUUGUGUUUCUCUUCGUCUGCAGAGUAUCAAAUGUCUGUUUACCCUCUUCAUCCCCAAAGUA